AUGCCCAACUCCAACUCCAGACUAAAUCGUAACCACAGACAUGGUCGGGAAGCCAGAAGGCAGGAGCUGGUUUCCAGAUCUUUGCAAAGUGCUCAACAUUGCCUGGAGGACCAGGAUUUUGGAACAGCAUACGCUCACUAUCUCCUGGUCCUAAAUCUAGCUCCUGAGUUAAAAAAUAGUGUCAAAGAAACAUUUCAGUUUACUCUCUUUAAAUGGGCAGAAGAACUGGAUUCUCUGGCACGGAUUCAAGAUCUGUUCAACUGUUAUGAACAAGCACUUGAACUGUAUCCGAAUGAUGAAGUGAUCUGUAACAGCAUGGGAGAACAUCUCUUCAGAAUGGGUUUUAGAGAUGAAGCAGCUGGAUAUUUCCAUAAAGCAGUGAAGCUUAACCCAGACUUUGCUGAUGCCAAGGAGAAUUUUUACCGUGUUGCCAACUGGCUGGUGGAACGUUGGCACUUCAUCAUGCUCAAUGAUGCCAAGAGGAACAUGACUUACCUGAAGGCAAUCGAGAGUGCUGUCCACUCGGGCUGCAAAUCCGUCCUUGACAUCGGAACAGGAACAGGAAUUUUGAGUAUGUUUGCAAAAAAGGCAGGAGCAUCUUUUGUCUACGCCUGUGAGUUAUCAAAAACCAUGUAUGAACUUGCCCGUGAUGUGGUAGCAGCAAAUAAUAUGGAAAGAGAGAUCAAACUUCUGCAUUUGAAGUCACUUGACAUCGAAAUUCCGAAGCACAUACCUGAAAGAGUCUCCUUGGUUGUCACAGAAACAGUUGAUGCAGGUUUAUUUGGAGAAGGAAUAGUGGAGAGCUUGAUACAUGCUUGGGAACAUCUACUUUUACCCCCAAAG